GUGCUAACGUCUCGCUUAGCGUUCGCUCAAAGACUUAGCUCUAUUUCCUCCGCUCGUGCCUCGCUACGUAAUAGAGCGACAAAACAAGGUAAUUUCUUUUUCUAUCCAUUUUGAGGGCCAAAAAUUUUCGAAGCUCACGGAGAGGAAAUUGGCUAUGUCCUAUCUGUAGGCUCGAUGGAACGUGAAUGGAGCCUGAGAGUGCCCAAAGCUCGAAGACCAAAAUUGUCGAGUUUGUCUGUCCGCAAUGCCUACGCCGACCAUAAACUACCGGCGUGACCCAAUGAUCUCAACGACACUGCUGUCGCAGCUGCCAUAUGAUGUGCGGAGGCUGGUUCGAAGCGUGUUGAAUCGUUUGGUUGCAGACUUUGAGAAGUUGUGCCAUCGACUUCCAGAUUGCUCCACAUCUCAACUACGCAUCUUGCAGCCAGUGUUCUACAUGUAUCUCGACCCAGACCGUAUUCCCGCAAAGUCAACUCCAGCAGCUACCACUGAUAUCGGCCUCGUCUACCAGUCACUCCUCGCGACCGUUGCAACUCUGCAUUUCGAUGGUUCUAGUGUUGGUUCGGAAAAGCAAUAUCUUAUUUCCGAUUGGAACCGUAUCGCUCCCUGGCUUGCCUUCUUUCAUGACCAAUUCAUUAUGUGCAGAGCUGUCUAUCGACCCGUCGACAAAAUGGUGGCCAUCAGGCUUGUUACUAGCAUACUGUUUCAUGUUUCACUCAUUAGUGGCGACAGCGGCAGCGAAUUUGAGAUGCUUAGCACUCCUGCCCUUUGUCGCCCGAUCGCAGAGUUGUGGUUGUUAGCCCUGGAAACCAAAGGCAAAGAUGUAGUGUGCUUGUCAUCCCAGGCCGGCGCUCGCAUCACGUCUUUUUGAGUUUUCGGCUGCUCUGUGAUUGCAGAAUGCGUUGGUGACGAAUCUUUUCUGGCCAUGCUAGUCGAAGUGUCAGGUGACAUUGACACCGUCACUUCUGCAGCUCUGAA